AUGGUCUUCCUUGUACUUCUGGCUGCAGGGCGGGUCACCUACGCCCUAGUGUUGUACCCCAAGUACUUCACACCGUUCAAGCAUCUGCCAACACCGCCUCGCCGCUGGCUUCUUACCGGCAAUCAGACCUCCCUUUUUAGGGAGUUCCCGUGGGACGUCGCACGUCGAUGGUCAGAAACUAUCCCCAACAAUGGUCUCAUCCGGUACUACGUCGCGCUCUCCAACGAAAGGUUGCUUGUCACCAGCCCCAAGGGUCUCAGUGAAGUGCUAGUCCACGGUGCGUAUGACUACACCAAGACCAAUCUCGCGCGAUUUGCCAUCCAACGGUUCACGGGUAACGGUCUGGGCUUUCUGGACGGGGAAGAGCAUCGGAAAGGCCUGUUGCCCGCUUUUGCCACCGGCCACGUCAAACGCCUGAUUCCCAAAUUCUGGGCGAAAGCCGCUCUGAUGGUUUCGUUGAUCGAGCGGUCCCUAGAGGACGACAGCAGCAAGGACCAACGACAGAAGUCUGACAGUCCGGUCGUUCAGCUCCACCACUGGGGCACGCGCGCAACCCUCGACAUUAUCGGCGUGGUGGGAAUGGGCUAUGAUUUCGACACGCUCACCCAUCCGCACAACGAGCUCAGCGAGCAGUACCGGAAGAUGUUUCUGGAGCCAUCCAAUGCCUUCAAUUGGCUGGAGCUGUUGGGCAACUACAUCGACUUCCGCAUCCUGCUGACCUUGCCCGUGAGGAAGAAUCGCGAGCUCACGCAGGGUUCCCAGUAUAUCCGCCAAGUGGCUGAGAGGGUGAUUCACCACAAGGUCCAAAAGCGGCAGCGACAGUCCGAGGAAAGUCCCCCGGACGAUGACAUCGUAGCCAUAGCCCUGGCCAGUGGAACCUUCACCGAGCAACAACUCGUGGACCACGUGAUGACCUUCCUGGUCGCCGGCCACGAAUCGACCGCCACAGCCUUUGAAUGGGCCAUGUACGAGCUUGGUCGACGGCCCGCUAUGCAGUCACGACUGCGGGAGGAAAUCCGCACCCACAUAUCUUCCAUGCAAGUAGAAGGAAGAGGAACAACUACCGCGGCUGGCACCCACCUAGCGACCACCAUCGAAUCACUACCCUAUCUCAACGCCGUGUGCAGCGAGGUCCUGAGAUUUUACCCAUUCGUCCCCUUCGCUACACGGGUGGCCAGUCGCGACAAUAUCAUCCAGGGCACGUUCGUCCCCAAGGGCACUGUCGUGGCUUUCGCCGCCCACGCCACGAACCACGAUGCAGCCCUGUGGGGCCUCGAUGCGGACCGCUUCGACCCGGAGCGGUGGAUGCGGCCCCAGCAAGGGAAAUCCGGCGGCGCGACGAGCAACUUCGCCUCUUUGACAUUUUCCGCGGGGCCGAAGAGCUGCAUCGGCCAGGGGUGGACGCGGGCGGAGCUAGCAUGCCUGGUGGGUGCGACGGUGGGUCGAUUCGAGAUCUCGCUGCUUGACCCAAUGGACAACCAUCUGAAGAGAGGGAAAACCAUGAAGCUGCGGAAUGGUGUGCGUGCGCGGGUUAAGGUAGUGGACGGAUGGUAA